CAAUAGUGACCAUUCCCUCAAUUUUCCAUCACAAAUGUCCAUUUCCCCUCCUCUGUCCCUAUCUUCAAGCUUUCCUCUCUCGCCAUGAGAGGAUUCCCAGAAUUCUACCACUUCUCCUCUUCAACAACAUCCACCGUCACCUACGCCUUCCACGAUGAAGCCACCCAGCCGCCGCCGCCGCCGUUGACCAAGCAAAUUCCCAUCCACUCCACCAAACCACCAUCCACCGACACCAGAUCCGCCUCCGCCGCUGCGACCAAAAUCCAGGCGGCGUACCGCGCCCGCGCAAUCCGCCUGCUCUACCGCACGAUCUCGGCCGUGGACGCUGAGGCAGGGGAGAUCCAGCGGCGGAUCCAGCGGCAGGAGACGGUGGACGCGGUGAGGAGGGAGGAGAGGGAGAAGGCGAGGGUGAACGAGGAGCUGAUGCGGCUGCUGCUGAGGCUGGACGCCGUCCCCGGGUUCGAUCCGGCGGUGAGGGAGGCGAGGAGGAAGGCGAGCAGGCGGAUCGUCGGGAUUCAGGAGGUGCUCGACGGGAUCUACGAGUCGAGAGUCGAGGAUUGGGACUGGGACGGCGGCGGAGGAGAGUUCGGGUGGGACAGAACGGUGGCGGAGAUGGAGGAGCGAGUGUGUAGGGAGAGAGGCGGCGAGGAGAUGGAGAAGUUCUGCGCUGAGUACCUCGGCUUCAGAUGCUUCCAGCGGUUUUUGCGGGAGUGAUUUGAGCUCGGCGCCAUAGCUAAUUACUGUUUGUUAGAUAAGUUAUGUUUACAACUUUACAUGAAUAAUAAUGUGAAGGUUAGUUUGUUAUGUUAAAAAUUUCCUAGCCUGACCAGCAUUUUGUGACAAGUUUUAAUUUAGUGGUCAUUCAUUGUACAAUACAAAAUUCAGUGAUUAUAAUGCAUUUAUCCCCAUAUAAAGUAAAGUAAAGCAA